GUGCAAGCUUCCACUAACAAGUCCUGGCAGUUCUACACCUAAAGAAACAUAUCGUCGAAAACACCUCAAAUCUCUGAAGAGGAUAAUACUAUGUGCCCGUUACCAUAGCAACGACAGUUAUCACAUCAACAACAAACUACAACAACGGCAGUAACAGCUGGAAACAUAGAGGCUACAAGAAACAACUGUAUACAUCCUCCUCAUACAUAAUAUACUAACGUCAGUCACACCCUAAACCGUCUCCAAAAGAAGUGAUUAAAACAAUUUUUGCUGCUGUCGUCGCAUGUUAGUGUUUUCUCGGACAAUCAUGGCCAAAUAUACUCUGGUGGUUUUAGCAAUCGGUCUGGCGUGUGUCUACCAAGGAAUGGGUGCUCCAACAGGAACUGGGAACAUCGAACGCAGGGACACAGAUAAGCUACAGAAACUUCACGCCCUGCUACAAGAGUUGUAUGAAGAUGAUGGUCCUGAAGCGUCGUCGGCACCGCAGUCUUCUAAACAAGAGGCCACACCCACUGCUGAAGCUGCUGUGUCUGAGGACAUGCAGAGAAGCGGGGAAGACAAGCCAGGCAGCACAGAGGAGGAGGAGGAGCUAGAUGGGUUGAACGAAAAGGUUCAGUCUGAAAAACGUGCCAGUUCCCAGCAGAAGAGAGUAAUGACGUCAGGACAGGAUGAUGAUCCCAUUAAGCGGUGAGGAUUGUGGAGCUCAAGUUGAUGAGAGACGUGCAGGCUGCAAGGCAGAUAGGUGUGAGUGUGGAAGAGAUCAUCGAUGAUCUACAAGGCAAAGCUUACAAAGAGGCCGAGAUCAAGGAAGUGGAGAGAGAAUUGCAGGAAUUGACCAGAUACCGUCAUGAGUGA